GACAAUAAAAAGUUGUUCACUUCCCUCGACGUUUGGACGAACGUCGACCGAAAAGGAGCAAUACACCACCGUAUUUACAAUGGAUUCAACACGCACGGUGCAAUUACUGAUAUUCCUGUCUUCUGCCCUAAUAACAGGUGCUCGAGCAGGAAAGGCACGAGGAUUCAUUGGCUACAAAGAUCCGGAGAAUGAAGAUAACACUGAAGUGGACAGUGUGACUGCUGAAGCCUUAAAGAGUGGUUUGACGACGGUCUUCCUCCCCAUAGUCUACAUUGUUGUUGUUGUCGUUGGUUUGCCUGCCAAUGCCAUGGCAAUUUGGGUUUUCCUCUUCAGAACCAAGAAGAAGCACCCAGCCGCUAUCUACAUGGCCAACCUGGCCAUCUCUGACCUGCUCUUCGUCGUCUGGAUUCCGCUGAAGAUCGCUUACCAUUUUAACGGGAAUAACUGGAUCUUUGGAGAAGGGCUCUGCAAAGUACUGGUUGGGUUUUUCUAUGGCAAUAUGUACUGCUCUAUCCUGUUCAUUGCCUGCCUCAGUGUGCAGCGGUACUGGGUCAUCGCCCACCCUCUGUCGCAGCAGAGGAAGAACAAUCUAAUCGCCACCGGUGUCUCAAUCGCCAUCUGGGUCUUUAUCUGGCUGAGCACCACCCCCUUGUACCUCUACGAUCAGACGGCCAAGAUAGGCAACCUGGGCAUCACCACUUGCCACGACGUCAACAUCAUCACCGACCCCAACGACCCCUUCCCCGACGUGAAGUACCCCUUCUUCUACUUCAUUUUCAUGGCCGUGUUCGCGUUCCUGGUCCCGUCCCUCGUGAUCAUCGUGGCCUACAUCUGCCUGCUCCGCACGCUGGGGGACUCCAUUUCGGACAACGGCGUGGGGCAGAAACGCCGCAAGGCCAUCCUGCUGAUCGUCACCGUCCUCGUCACCUUCCUGGUGUGCUUCGUGCCCAGCAACGUCAUGCUCAUCGUCCACUACGCCCUGGUGAAACAGGGCAUCGCCAACAACGGCUACAGCUUCUACAUCACCACGCUCUGCCUGGCCAGCCUCAACAGCUGCCUGGACCCGUUCAUCUACUACUACGUGUCGGAGGACUUCCGGGACAACGUGAAGAACACUCUGCUCUGUCGGAGCAACCGGACCGUGGAGAGGAUGAGGGUGUCCUUCAGCUCCAUGAAGUACUCCAAGAAGAGCCAGGUCUACACCUCUGAGAGCAACACGCAGACCAGCACCUGCUGAUCAGAGGGUAGGGGAAGGUCGGGCUCCCUUUGGGCCGACAGCGACGCUGCCAAACGACUUGCAACGCGUGGGAGGUGUUUCACUUCCUGCAUUGUGUUUGCGGAAGAAUGCCAUUAACUCCAGUAGAAUACAGGGGGGCGUGGAACAGUGGUUACCCGCAUGGGUGUUUUUCAUGCUUAGUUUUAUCAGUAACCCCCCAUCUAAAUGUCUAAAGGUCACAGGCACAAAUAACUGUGAGAGAAUGGAGUUCUGUAUCAUAAAAGUGAAUGUUGAAUUCCACAUUUUUUUAUUUUAAAAAAUUGCAAUGGCAACCCACUCGCCUCAUAAGGACCCAGGGCUUUGCUUUGCCAGUGAACAUGUUUUUGUUGCACUGCUAAAUGGCAGAUGUUUUAUUUAAUAUUCUUUGCUAAGCAGUUCAUAGUCUUGCUGUCUUUUUUUGUACUUUGUAAUUUAAUGUUUUGUGUUUAUAAUGCCAGCAUUGUUAUAAGUUUGUAAAUAAGUUUUAAGCUUAUUUAAAUUUUGAAAUGU